GAUUCCUCGUCGGUAACAAAAGUGGUUUUGGAUGGAUGUUAUGACUGGAGCGCCUUUGACCCAUUUUCAUAGUAUCUACGAAGCUUUAACUGAAGAAAGCUCAAAGGAACAUACUUCUUCUCAUCUAUUUGAUAAUCACUCAAGGAGAAUUCCUGCCUGCUUUGAGCAUUUAUUAGGGUUACCAGACGAUGCUUCCUUGAAAAGGAGUUUGGAAAUAGUUUCAGAGAGUAUUCCACAAGACUCACCUCAUCAUGCAGUUGCAUAUUUGUCAGUUUGCGAAAUGGCUUUGAAAAAGGCAAUAACAAAAGAUGGAGUAGUAGACAAUAGUACGGAAAGCAUUCGAAACUUGUUAGUAUUGAUGCGUCUGGCCCUACAAGAGUGCAGCACAGGACUUGUUGCUAAAAAAGGCCUCGAAUAUUUGCAAAUAAUAGAAACUUUAUUGGAGUCUCAAUCUUUUGAUUCAUUGGGCAUAGAGACUGGUGAAUUGUUGACCGAUAUUCUGUUUAGAAUUCGUGUUUCAGAUUGGUCUCAACCUCUAGUGCAACGUUGUAUACAGGGAAUGGUAACUUGUAGUGUUGUUAGUGGAGCAAAGGUAAGAAAGAAAAUGAUCACUUUAUUGAGAAGUUUGUAUGGAGGAGAAAAGGGUGCAAUUGCAGUUCAUACUUCUUCAACAGUUGCUUUUCUCAAUCAAACUCUAAAGUCUUCCAACCAUUCUUAUGUUUAUCGCUCAUUACAAUUAAUGCAAGUUAUUCUUCCAUUCUUUUCUCGAAAAGAUAUUUUGCAGUUGCUAGAGAAGUUGUUUUUGUUUGAAAAUGAAGAUGCCAUUUUGUGGCAACUCAACUAUGCAGUUGUUUCCUCCGUACUUCGUAUAGAUUAUGAACGUUCCAAAACAGCUGAGAAUGAAGCACAAAUGAACUUGUUGAUGGGAAAGAGACGUCUUGUAGAUAGUGAUAUUCAUGAACUAUAUAACUAUCUUUUGCAAAAAGGUUGUCCUUCUCAAAAGAUGGGUCUCUCAGUAAUAUUAGGCUAUGUUUGGUCUCUUUGUUUUGGAAUGGGUUGUUUGGAAAUAGUUCCCAAUAUAUCUUUGGUUUGUUCUGUGAUUCAAAAACUCUUGGAUAGUUUAGAAGUUUCUGUUUGGUUGGAGACAGCUGCACCAUAUCGCAUUUCUCAAGUUAUUGUUCGUUUCAUUGUUAUAUUGGGAGAAAAGUUUCCUUUUGUUUUAGCAUCCUCUUCCAUUUGCUCAAUCUUUUGUCAGUUAACGAAUGUGCGAUUUUCUUCCAUAUUUAUGUAUGCUUGCGAGAUUCUCAAUGAAUUGUUGACAACAUUGCUAAUGCACAGUAAGAACUCUCAUUCUUCAUCGGAGAGUAAGGAAGCAGACAGCAUCAUUCAGAUAUUGAAUCAUUUGGUAACCAUCCGAAACCAUUUGGAAUAUCAACAAAAGGACAAUACAAGUUUGCAACAAGUGCAUCAUAUAUUGCAAUGCUGUUUAAAGUGUGGAGGUGCAAAAUAUCUGUUGCGGAUGAUACCUCUUUGUCAAAAUGUUGAUGAUAUCCAUCACAUGUGGUUAUUCGAUAUGGUGUGUAAAUAUACUCGUCAAUCUUCAUUGCAACUAUUUUAUGUUCAUAUUCUACCCUUGUAUAAACUAUUUGCUGAGAAAGUCUAUCAAGCUACACAAAAGGGACUAGAAGUGGAAGCAAAGAAUUGGAGAAUGUAUCAAUUAUCAGUUUGGAAUGCCUUUGCUUCCUUUUGUAGAGAACCAGAUGACAUAAACGAUGGAUUGAUACAACUUCGUGAGCCUCUUAUGGAGGUUUUCAAAGGAAAGGAUAGCGAUGCACAGAUGGAAAUCGUUCGUGGAUUUCGUAACUUGUGUCAAAGUGUUGCAGAUGCUCAAACUUAUUCUCCAAUAUUAUCCAAUGCAAUGAAAGAGAUACUUCCUGUAUUGUUCCGUAUUUCAUUCGAAUGCCCUGUAGAGAAACGAAACCUCGUGUUAGAAACCGUAACAUUGGGUGCAAAAGUUUGUUCUUCUCAAAGCAUCAUUGCUGAUUACUUACGAAAGAUUAUGAAACGGCUAAUCGAUUCAGUUGCUACAAACACUGAUUCGAAUGAAGAUAACAAAGGUGCUAAUCAUCAAAGUAUUUGGUUACAGUUGGCUACUGCUUUGAUGGAAUCGCAUGUACUUCCAUUGGAUACUCCAGAAAUGCAAUUAUUGCAAAAGACAUUGUUAUCCAACUUGGCUGAAAGUCAUGAUGGAUUCUUACAAAAGAAAUCUUAUCGUGCCUUAUUGGAUAUGUUGAAAUUGGAAAAUGGUGAAGUUACAGCACCAAUUCUAGAACAAGUCACAGGUAGUCCCAAUAUAUGGUAUCUAUUUCAGAAACUCGUAACUGUACAAAAUUCUGUAACUGCAGGUGCUAGAGCGCUAAGAAUUGCGUCCAUGUCUGUUUGUCUGAAGAAGCUAAUUGUAGAACAAUUCAAAGAAGCACUACCGCAAGUUCUUACAGAAUGGAUUUUAUCCACCAGAGACCAGUCUGCAAAAGCAAGAAAUGCAGCUUUUCAAGCUAUUUUGGAUGCAAUUUCACGUUAUAGAAAUACUUAUUCCGUUGGAAAUCUGAACAAUUUAGCAGAACAAGAACAAUUGGGUUUGCAAGAGAUUUUUAGUAAGGUUAUUGCAGGACUGGCAGGUAAAUCAACAACCAUGCUAGCAGCUACAAUGGAUACUAUUGGAAGAAUUCUUUUUGAAUAUCGUGGAGAGCUUCAGUACAAUACCCAUUUGAAACAAAUGAUACUGCAGUUAUUUAUCAUUUCCACAGGUCCAGCUUCUGCUUCUUCAAAUGAAGAAGCAAAUUAUCCUGGCCCUGUAACUCUCUUAUUGCAACAUCCUAGCAAUGAGGUUGUUCGUUCAGCUUUAAAUCUUGUCAAGGUGUUAGUUACCAUCUUACGUGAUGAAAAUGAUCUACUUGUGGUUGCCGAUGCCAUUAUGAGUAGGCUAAUGGAUGUAUCCUUUGAUUCUAAGGAAGACUUGCGAAGAAGAGUGAAAGUAAUCUUGGAGAGACUGUUACGUAGAUGUGAGGUGACAAAAAUAGAAAGUAUUGUUCCUAAAGAGCACCAGCCAUUAUUUCAUCAUGUUAGAAAGACCUGGGAACGAAACAAACGGAAGAAGCGUCAGAACAGAGAAAACAAAGAGCCGAGUACUUGGGAUGAAGCUCUUCAAGACGAUGAUACUCAUUCAGCAGAAGAUGCAAAAGCAGAUCGUCGCAUAAAUGAAGAAGAGGAACCGUUGGAUAUCUUGAGCGCCAUGACUCAAGGCCAUGGAAGGAGCUUGAUGAAAAGGAAGAAGAUGGAAAUGAGAGACUCAAAAAGAGACAAAGAUGCAGUGCGGUACACGGAGACUGGACGAAUUAUUAUCAAAGAGGAAGAAGAAGAGGAAAAGAAGGAUAGAAAUUUGGUCAAUGUGGAAAGAGCACAUCAUGUCGAAAACUCAAAGUUGAAAUCUUCGUUAUCUCGUUCCAUUGGACAGAAGCGAAUAGGACAAGCAAUGGUAGACAAACAAAAACGGCAUAAAAAGUCCAAAGAGAUAGAGACUGGUGCCAGAUUUCGAUCCUCGAAAGCACAAGGAGAUAUACAAAGACCUGGAAUGCCCCAACCCUUUGCAUAUAUACCACUGCAUUUGGGUUAUUCUCAUGGCAAAAUGGGCGGGAAAUCCAAAGAAAAGAAAAAUGCAUGGCGCCAAAGUCGAAAAAAAUCCUUGAUAAGAACAUGAUUCAUAUUUGAAGAAAGAAAUGUGAGUUUGUUUGUGGGAAUGGCAUGAAACGUUAAAAGUAUUCCAUCUCGAUACGGAAAUGCUUAGUACAUGUCGUAUUAUGUAACGUAUUUUGAUAGGAACAAUAAUAAACAGACAAAACGAAUGUUACAUUUUUCUUGAUGAUU